AUGGAGAAUCUCACGGGUACCGACGCGCCGGAUCGCGGAGCGGGAACGGGAACCCUCGCACCCCCCCGCAAAUUCACCAUCCGCAGCAAGUUUGGCCAGGCCCGUAAGCCUCGGAGCCGCCUCUUUUGUAAGAGCCGAGGUCUAGUGUGUCAAUCGCUCUCAGACCCGGACGCGCUGGCAUUAGCAUCCCGAGCAAACACCCAGAGCGUUGCUCCAUCGAGCUCGAGCCCACAGUCACCGUCGAUCUCUGCCAUCUCACCGUCAGCCUCUGAAAGCAACCCCCAACGAGCUGAGUCGGCUGCUGUCGUCCAUGACGGCCUCGUCCGCCAAUCAGGACCAGGACCUGUCGGCCAAGAAUCUGUGGCGUCGGCAGGCGUCGAUUCGCCGAUGCAGGACCCAGCAGACGAAAUUGUCCACACGCUUGAGGAUGUCCCCGACAAGACAACGCAUGCCAUGGGAUUGGCCGCCGAGCAGGACCCCUACUUCCUCGACGCCUUCAGAUCCCUCCUCCUGAGUGAGCGGGAGGGCAUUGACGCCAGCUUCGUCCAGGUCUACCCCGGCGGACAAGACCCGGAUGACCACCCCAUUCACUUCCUUUUGCUGCAAGAUGAGUUCCCCGCACACAAGAACCAGGCUAAGCAAGCCGCAUCCGAUGCGAUUGAGACCUUUAUCUGGCCCCACGGCCCAGCUCUCGUCCGGCUGUAUUUCCGACACGUCCACUCCGCGUUUCCCGUCAUCUCCAAGGGUCGCUUCCUGCGCCAAUAUCUCACUGCCAAGCUCGAUAUCCCCUCGUCACUACGGGGCGCCGUUUACGCGUUGGCCUGUGUCUUUUGGCGAAAGGACCCAUCCCUUGAAGGCCCUUGCCCCUUCCAGCAACACGACCUCACCAACCAUGCACAAGAGUCUCUUAGGCGAGAGCUGGAGUCGCCGAACCUCUGGAGGUUACAGGCUGCCCUGCUGCUAAUGCACAUGGUUCCUCCCGACAUCGAUAGCGUUGAAACUCCCUAUACCUGGAUCAUGGCGUCGCAAGCCACAGCGGCCGCCCAGAUGAUUGGCCUUCAUCAAGACCCUGCCAAAUGGAACAUUGCUCCAUGGGAAAAGAAGCUGCGGAGGAAGCUCUGGUGGGCCACCUACUUUACUGACUGCUGGUCAGCCGUUUGCCAUGGGAACCCUCCACACAUUGCUGCCGACACAUUCACCACGCCACCUCCAGAUUUGGAGGACCUACGGUCUGAUGAAGACCUCUCCCUGGACUUGCAUCAUAUGGUUGAUCCUUGUAACACGUCCUUCCGCGUGCCUGACGGGGUUCGCUUCCUCGAGAUGAUCAAUAUUGCUAGAGACACGCGCGUCAUCCUGGAUUGUAGUUGUGGCGUGAAAGCAACUGUGCAGACGCGCACUCAACUCAUACCGAUACGAGACAAGCUAAGGGAAUGGCCAAGCCUCGUCCCGAACUGCUUGGCCGUUGGGCCCAAUACCUCCAACGGCCCGCUUCACCUAUCAUACUAUGCCACCCAUGUGCUCUUGUUUCGUGGGCUCAUGUACCCAGCUACGAAAGCGGCGAAAGCAAACCCUAGUUCAAAUCUCCGCAGAUGGUUGUCCACGGCAUUAGCGGAAUUCGACAACUUUACCACCUUCAUGGCGUACAUCACGGAGAAUGAGCUGACAAGCUUCUGGGGUCGUCAUGCCCGAUCUCAGUUGAUCUUGUGUGGCAACUUCCUCAUCUACUUGUUUCUAUUAGCGACGGAGCCGCGGGAUGUUGAGGCGGCAUAUCGGCUACUCGAAAAAUUUCACCUGUCAUUACAGCGUCUCGGGGCUACGGAAGACAUCGCAGCCAAGGUGCUUCUCCGGCCCGUCAUAUUGCGCAUCGAGUCGUUCUUUAUACAAGCCACAGAACUCAUCAAGACUGGCCGGACUGUAGAAUCACCGGUGUUGUACAAGGAAAAGAUGAAUGUAGAGGUGGUACAAGCUACCAGUUCAAGGGCGUCUCAGAUCAAGGACAUAAUCAGUCCGUAG